UCUGUAGUUCUCAAGGGCGUGUGCGGAGGAGACAGGGAAUAGGAGCAAACGUAAGUAGUCCGUCACUGCUAGAAAACUAGGGUUUCUCUCUCUUUCUCUCUCUCUCUCUCUCUCAAAACAAGAUCGUAUCCUUUCCAAACCGCUCAACACGAGAGAAAAACGCGGUCUUGCUCUCGUUCUCGCUCUCGAAAGUCAAAGAUAAGAAAAAGAGGACAAGAAAAAAUACCUCAGCUCUCCUCUCUUUUUCCUUUUUUCUUCCUUAGAUCUACCAUUCUCUUCUCAGUCGUAGAUUUUAUUCUCUGAUGGAUUAGAAUCCAUUCUACUACGCGUUUGGCAAGACCCAAUCUUUGAAUUCUAUUGAAGGAAUGGAUAGCUCGAAUUCGAAUUUCUCAAGGAACAUGAACAGGCAGCACAACGAGCAUUUGGGCGUGAACAAGAUCGGGAAAAACAUCCGUAAAAGCCCUCUCCACCACCCGAAUUUUACAAACCCUAAGAAUCUCCAGCAGCAUCAGCAACAGCAGCAGCAGCCCCAGCCCCAAGUCUACAACAUCAGCAAGAACGAUUUCCGCAACAUCGUGCAGCAGCUCACUGGCUCUCCUUCCCACCACGACCAGCUCUCAACGCCACCGCCCGUACCCCGCCACAAUAACCCCCCCAAACCCCCCAGCAUGCGUCUGCAGAAGAUCCGCCCACCGCCGCUCACGCCGCCCGUUGCUCGGCCGCCUAUCCCGACACCUCCACCCGUCCUCCACAACCCCAACCCCAAUUCCCCUUUCCUGGCUCGGCCCGGUCCGUUUUCACCGUUGCUGCCUGCUGCGGACCCGGCCUGGGCCAACACUGCUGAGUCGCCGAUCUCUGCCUACAUGCGUUACCUUCAGAAUUCGAUCCUAGACCCGAGCAUGAAGCAGAUGCUGCCGGGUCAGGCUCAAGGCCAGCCUCCCUCUCCGGGCAUACUGCCAACGCCGCCCGUCGCCCCCGCUUUCCCUUCACCCCGCGGCGGCGCUCCCCUCUCUCCAGCAAUCUUGCCGUCCCCGAGCAGCUUCUUGAAUCUCUCUUCACCGUGGUCACCGUACCCUUUCUCACCCGGGUUCCAGUUCCCGCCCCCUAUGACUCCCAAUUUCUCGCUUUCGCCCCUCUCGCAGGCUUCGGGGAUUCUUGGCCCCGGGCCACAGCUCCCGCCUUCUCCUGGGUUGUUGUUCCCGCCAUCACCUUCUGGAUUUCUUCCCAUCUCAAGCCCUAGAUGGAGGGAGUAAACUGCUUUCUUUUCCAGACACGACUCCGUUGCUGGAUCAUUUGUAGCAACUGUUUCGCGCAAAGAGGCUGCGAUAUACCUGUAUUUUACAUACGCCAUAAGAGGGUAUUUGAAGUAAUUUCUAGCCCUCUACUAGCUUUUCUUUCUCUCAACAUUCACCUUCCGUGAAUCAGAUUGUUCAUCUCAAAAUCUGUUCUUUUGUAUGUGACACACUUUUACGGUUGCUUCCGUACAUUUGCUUUUCAUUGGGAGUUGAAGAUUGGAUACUGGAGGUGGGUGCAUAUACACAGUUGAGUUUGGUGUCUAGAUGCUUUAGUAGAUGAAUGUUCUUGUAAUUCUGUCUUUGAAAUUAUUCAGCAUAGAUAGACAUUGACAAAUGUUCUUUGAAUCACCACGUGACUUCUUCGAGCUUGUAGCUUGUAUGCUGCUUGUAUUUUGCAUAUUGAUGUAUUAUCCCUUGUAUGUGUUAGAAUAACCUUUUUUCUUUUCCAGAAAUAUAUCACUAGAGUUGAAUACAGCAGGGUUUUCGGAAUGAUUUGGUGUACCGCUGUUUUACAUUACCGUAGUUUGUUGCCAAUUUCAUAUGAACUUAAUGAAAGAGAAGCACUUCAUGUUGUGUUCAAA